AUGACCAAAUACGGUCUCUUAUUCUAUAUUCUCUUGCUGUUCUCGGUUAAUGGAUCAAAAAGUUUAGAAGAAAAGAAUGAGACAGUUUCUUCAGCAAGACCUGAAGCAAGAAAAAUUAAUGAUGUAAAGGAUAUUUUUGGUGACGUCAAGUAUUGCUCUGAAGGCACUGUCAAAGGAAUUCGUUUUCCAAAGACAAGAGAAUGUACAGAAGCUCAAGUUCCAUGUCCAGACGAGGAGAAUAUCAUUGGAAUUGUUACUCGCUACUGUAAUUGUAAAACAGCUAAAUGGGAAAUUCCUAAUACCACUAACUGUACCCAUAAAUGGGUUUCGGAAAUUCGGAACUCUCUCAAUAACGGAGAUCCGGCCGAACAAAUUACUGCGCAGCUAGCGCUUAACUUAGAACGAACUUUGUCUCGCCAGCUAUAUGGUGGUGACAUUAUCGGAAGUGUUUCCUUGAGCGGGGAUGUUCUAUCUUUAGCUAAAACUCAGUUUUCCGCUUUAAUUGACAGGAAUGAUCGUCAGAGAAGGGCCUCGAACUUCACUGAGUCUUUGGGAACGUCAGGAGAUGAGUUGCUGUCCGUUUCGGCUGUACCUGUUUGGGGAGAACUUGAAUCUUGGAGACGUAUCGAACAUGCUUCGAAGCUUAUGAGCGUGUUAGAGCAGAGUGCACUACUACUAGCCGAUUACACUAUUGAAUCUCAAAGAAAACUGAGCUACAGGCACUGGGCCAUGGAAAUAGAUGUACGAGAACCUGAAGCUUAUACAAGUGCUCGUUUGGAUACUGUUGGUGCUGUUCCGAUGGAUGAUACAAUAGAUGUACCUGCUGCAAGAGUCCUCUCAGAUGGCCAAGGUUCCACAACCUCAACUGUCAACUUUAACAGCAUCAAUAAAUCUCCUUCUAUUUCUUUGCCAUCUCUGAGUGUUUUAAAAGAAUCUUCUGCCCCCACCGCCCCUACAGGGGAAGUAGCAGCUCAGGCCUUUUUUCACCCUGGCGGGAACUCGGGUUCUGCUAGUACUCUUGAUCGCACUCGGCUGAGGCUUGGUUAUUAUGUUUUCACCACAUUCGGAGACUUACUAACAACAGAUGAUCAAUCCAUAAUAAAUAGUCAUAUAAUAGGAGCUUCUGUGGACGAUGCAGUUCGUUCUAUCAGCUUACCAGACACUGAACCGGCAACUUUCACUUUUUAUCACUUGAAGAAAACCGGGGUUAGUAAUCCUCGUUGCGUUUUCUGGGAUCUGAAUUUGAAAAUAUGGAGUACUGAAGGAUGUCAAUUGAUAUCCUCUAAUUCAACCACGUCCGAGUGUGCAUGCAAUCAUUUAACCAGUUUUGCUAUACUCAUGGAUGUUAGCGGGAAUGUUGCUCGGUACUCUGGAGCUUUGGCUUCCGCCUUAGAUGUCAUUUCUAUUAUUGGAUGCUCUAUUUCAAUCGUGUGUUUGAGUUUAUCAUUGGCCACAUUCACGUUUUUCCGUUCGUUAUACAACGUCCGGAAUACAAUUCAUAGAAAUCUGUGUCUCUGUCUGUUGAUAGCUGAGCUUGUCUUUGUUAUUGGCAUGGAUAGGACUUCGAAUGCAACUGCGUGUUCGGUUGUUGCACUUCUCCUUCAUUUCUUCUUUUUGGCUUCAUUCUGUUGGAUGUUGUUAGAGGGAUAUCAGUUAUAUCUCAUGCUCAUUCAAGUUUUUGAAUCCAAUCGUAGCCACGUACUGUUGUACUACUUGUUCUCAUACGGUUUCCCCGCGGCUGUCGUAGCUGUAACAGCUGGAGUCGCAUGGCAUAACUAUGGAACUGAUACAUAUUGUUGGAUAGACACAACCACUCCCACAAUCUGGGCUUUCAUAGCCCCUAUCAUAAUUGUUAUAAUCGCUAAUAUGAUAUUUCUUCUCAUUGCUCUAAGAGUUGUAUUGUCUAUACGCAGCAGAGAUAGGAAUAAAACCGACCGUUUGAUUGGCUGGUUGAAAGGUUCAGCAACACUUCUUUGUCUCUUAGGGAUAACUUGGGUAUUUGGCUUCCUCACCGCUGUUAAGGGUGGAACUGGAACUGUUUUUGCUUGGAUUUUCACUAUUUGCAAUAGCACACAAGGGAUUUUCAUUUUCUUCCUACAUGUGGUUAUGAAUGACAAAGUGAGACUAGUGAUCGUUCGGUGGAUUCGAACAGGAGUUUGCUGUCUUCCUGACAACGCUAGCGCCUACAACAGCAAAUCUUUCCUCAGUAGUAGACAACGUAUCUUGAAUAUGGUCAAGUCUCAGAGUAGAAGUGAUCCAAGUACUGCAAGUACAGAUGAUAAAGACAAUCAACUUACGCCAACAAGUAAAACCAAUCAAUGGCUUCGACAAAUGUCGCAAAUGCACGAAUGUGGGACCAUAUCUUCACAACCAGAAUCUGAUGAGAUUAUUGUACAUCGAUCGGAUUCUCCACAAAAUGCUGAUGUUGAGAGUCAAUCAACGGACCCACGUGGUUCGCAAGAUCUAGAGUCAGAUGUAAUGGAAAAGCAAGCACCAGUUAAGCGAAAAAAGUUCCCCUUGGGAGCAUCUGAAAUGGAGAGAGCGUCCACUCAUCGGAAUGCAGUCAUCAUCGAAAGAUUUUAA